UGAUUUUACAGGAUUACAAACCCUAAAACCUUGAUAGGCGAAGGAGGGGGAGUUGAUAGCUGAGGCAUGAGAAACAGGGAGAGAGCGAGAGAUGGAGGAAGACACAGAGAUGGAAGUAGAAGAGUGUGUAUCACAGAAUGGAAAUUCAACGAAGAGAUUUGAACUCAAAAACUCCAUUCAAACCAACUUCGGCGACGAUUAUGUUUUCCAAAUUGUCCCUAAGGAUGAUUGGUCUGUAAUGGCGGUGUCACUAUCAACCAACGCAGUGAAGCUUUACUCUCCAGUUACCGGUCAGUAUUAUGGUGAAUGUAAAGGUCACAGUGGAACCAUAAACCAUAUAUGUUUCUCAGCUCCAUCUACUCCCCAUGUUUUGCACUCUUGUUCAUCUGAUGGUACCAUUAAAGCCUGGGACACUCGGUCUUUCCGUGAGGUCUCCAGUAUAAGUGCUCCCUCUUCUCAGGAGAUCUUCAGCUUCUCAUUUGGAGGAUCCUCUGAUAAUCUUCUUGCUGCUGGAUGUAAUUCAAAGAUACUCUUCUGGGAUUGGAGGAAUAAAAAGCAAGUUGCAUGUUUGGAGGAGUCACAUGUUGAUGAUGUAACACAGGUUCAGUUUGUACCUGAACAUCAAAACAAGCUUCUUUCUGCUUCUGUAGAUGGGUUGGUCUGCGUAUUUGAUACUGCUGAAGAUAUCAAUGAUGAUGAUCAUCUGGAAUCAGUAAGUCAUCAAUGUGGGACUUCUAUAGGGAAAGUUGGGUUUUUCGGAGAAACAUAUCAGAAGCUCUGGUGUUUGACACACAUUGAAACUUUAAGUAUUUGGGACUGGAAGGAUGGAAAGAAUGAAGUCAACUUUGAAAAUGCUCGUUCAUUAGCCUCUGAUAGUUGGACACUAGAUCAAGUUGACUAUUUUGUUGAUUGUCACUAUUCGGAGGACACUGGAAAUUUAUGGGUUAUUGGUGGUACAGUUGCUGGUACAAUGGGCUCCUUCCCAGUAAACUAUAAAGGAGUGGCAUCAAUAGGUCAUGCUGAAGCAGUCCUUAGGGGCGGACACACUGCAGUUGUUCGCAGUGUGUUGCCAAUGUCAAGCAUGCAGAGUAGGGCUGCCCAAAGCCAGGGUAUUUUCGGUUGGACAGGUGGUGAGGAUGGUCGUCUAUGCUGUUGGUUGUCUGAUGAUUCUGGUGACAUAAAUCGGUCCUGGAUUUCAAGUUCAAUGGUUAUGAGGUCAAUGACCACUCACAAGAAAAAUCGGCAUCAUCCUUACUGUCAAGACAAAGAUUAAAGUGUUUUGUUCAGUCUUUUUGAGUUUGUUUAUUCUGUUGCAAGUUAUUUGUGCCAUCCUGUGUUGAAUUCAAUGAAAAGUUUUCUCUGGUAAUAUUAUCAGACCAUCUGAUUUAACUA